AUGUGCGAUUGGGAAAAAACGAAAGAGAUCGACGUGACAAUUUCAUCAUGGUCGGGUACUGUAGAAGAACAAAUUGCUUUGUACGAAUAUAUAUUGGCAAAAUUUUGCUGGUAUAUUAUUCGUGAAAAUUUAAAUGACCGUGGAAAAUUAUGUCUGGACCGUGAGGAUGCGAAAACGUACGAUCAUUGGUGUGAUCAAUUAACGCGAGUUUUUAUACAACAUUUUACAGUAAUAAAUGAAUGUUAUGAAGAAGUACUUCGACGUUUGAAAUGUGAUAUGCUUUUUAAACCCGAUGAGGAGAAUAGUAUGCGUCAACAUCCAACAUAUUAUUAUGAUUUAAUACGUAAUGAUUUAGAACGAUAUGCGUGUGUAGAUAGACUGAUAAAUUUAGUUUACAUGUUGACCGACACAUUUCGGGUGUACGCAUUUUCAAGCGACGAGGAAGAUGAACAAUGUACAGAUAAAGGCAAGAGCGACGAUGAAGAAAAAAAGUGA